AUGGAGUGGGUGAGCGAAGAUAGUGUAUUAGCCAUUAUCUUUGCACAACUAGCAAGCAUCAUUGACGGUCUGGCUUGGUUGCUAGUGGAACAGCUCGGUAGUCUCGGUAGAUAUGGAGCUAAUCCUGAGCUUUUGGCUUAUGCUGGCACAAACAAAUGGCUAAAUGACUUUGAUUGCUUGAAAUACCAUCCCAUCCGACUCCCUGCCAAUGUUAUCCUUGAUGCUGUAAACUCAUUGCGUCACUUCACGGUGCCACCGGAAGCUCUACUCACUACCUACUGUGACCGAAACGAAACCGUACCACUACCCAACAAACCAGCCGAACAUACUAGUCAAGCAUCGAAACCCAUCAAUGUUCUUCUCACCGGAUCUAUAGGUACUACAGGUUUGUAUUUAUUGCAUUCCUUAAUCAACCGUGAUGAGAUUGCACAUGUUUUCUGCUUGAGCUGUGGAGAAGAUGGUGAAAAGGCCAAGCAACACAAGAUAUUUACAGCAUCCGGAUUUGCUUCGACUAAGCUAGACAAUCACGUACCUUCAUCAAAGCAAAUAUUGAAUUACCAUCACUUGGUAUGA